AUGGCUGAGAUCCCUCCGGAAAAGGCUCCACAGCCGGGUCUGAACAUUUUUGGCUGUGCAUCUGUCAACCCUUUCAAGCUGACCAUAGCAGCUGAAGAGCUUGGCAUUCCGUAUAAUUACGUCAACUUGGACAUGGGUGCUGGCGAGCCCAAGGCCGAGUGGUACGCUUCCAUCAAUCCCAACGGCCGCAUGCCCGCUGUGGUUCACGUCAAGGACGACGGUACAACUGUGACGGUCUUUGAAAGCGCGGCCUGUCUGCUGUAUAUGGCAAGCGAGUUCGAUAAGGAGCAUAAGUUGUCAUACCCCAUCGGCACGCCUGAUUAUUGGACUCAGCUAUCCUGGCUUUCGUGGCAGGUUGCCGGCUACGGCCCAAUGAUGGGACAGGCGGCCUAUUUCAAUCGCUAUGCCACUGAACCAGUGAAGUUCGCCAGCUGGCGGUACACGGCUGAAUGUCGUCGGCUCAACGACGUGCUGGAUAAACGUCUGUCUGUGUCCCCAUUUGUCGCUGGAAAUCAGUUGACUAUUGCGGAUCUUGCCGUGUUCAUUUUCGCCCACUCCAACAAGUGGUGCGGUAUUGAUAUUAAUCAUUACCCUCAUGUGAAGGCUUGGCAUGAUAGGAUCGCGCAACGCCCUGCUAUUCAAAAGGGGCUUCUAGUUCCUGUUCCUUACCCGUUUAGCGAUGAGGCUGUCUCCAACCCCGAUAACCAGGAGCCCUAUCAUAUGAUGAGAAAAUAUGGCGGCCAAAUGAUCAAGGGGGCAACGGCACAGUGGCAGGCAGACGUGGUAGGCGUGCCAUCUGACCACUCCAACUAUGAAUGA